AUGGAAGCAUUGAUGUCACAUAUGAUGCAGCGUGCUACAGGAAGUAAACGGCCCGCUGAAGACAUGCCCCUAGAUCUAACUCUACCAAAAUUAAUACGCUAUACAUGUGAUAGCUUUGUGGAUCAUACAGAUUUACGUUCAGGCAGUGAUUCAAAGAUUGAUUCAGACGAUGAUAGCAGUUCACUUAAACGAACAAAGGUCCAGUCUUAUUCAACAUCAAAUGUCAUACAUGCUAGGAAAGCAUUGGAUUUUGAAUUAACAGGUACAUGUUAUAAGAAAUCAACUCCUCAUCCGUUCUCAAUUGAAGCUUUACUUGGUGAUACAAACGCAUCUAAAUACACUGAACCGUCGACGCCGGCUAUUGUUUACAAUUAUCACAGUGCGAGAAUUUCCAGUACGACAAAUGUAGACACGUUGAAUAACUAUGAUCAGAUUGUUAGUACAUCUUAUUGGUGCCACGCUUGUAAUUCUUUCUGUACAGACAAUACGGAUGCACAGGGACAUCAGUAUCUACAUUAUAUGCAAGGAAUUAAAUGUGAUUUGAAGAAAGACUUACUACGGAAACAUGGAUAUGUAACAAAGCAUAUCAAAUUCAACGAUGGAAAUGUGCAGUGUGGCUUGUGCGAUAAAAUGGUUGCUUUGUGUUUCUUUUCUAAGCAUCAAAGACUGCACUGUAACCAUUCCUGUGAUAUUUGUAACAAAGAAUUCUCCAGUUCCAUCCACCUUCAAGACCAUAUGAAUUUCCAUACCGGAAAUACGCCAUUUUCCUGCAAGACAUGUGACCGGAAGUUUUCGAAGAGGUCUUCACUUACACAGCAUCAGCGUUAUCACCGUGACAACCAAAGAUUCAAAUGCACAUACUGUUACAAGUCAUUUAAUAGUAAAUAUACACGUGUAGUGCAUGAGAGAUUGCACACUGGAGAAAAACCAUUUAAAUGCCAAAAACCCGGAUGUUCAAAAGCUUUUCCGCAGAAAAUUCAACUACAACUUCACAUGAGCAAUCAUAUAUAG